ACUAUUUAAUUUGGGUUUGGUUUGUAUUAAGUUUGCCCAAGUCUUGACCCACCUCGUUGGGCUUCUUUAGGUCUUAAUUCAACAAUUUGAAUGGAAUUCAAUGGAGCUUAUAAGUUAUAACGGUGUCCAAACAGCAUUAUACCUUUAUUCAAGUAACCAUGUUUAUUUCUUACUUUUUUUUUGUUUAUAUAGAACGGGAAUAAUAAAAAAAAUCCUCAUCAUUCCAACCUUGCAUGUCUCGUGAAUUGCCUUUAUUACUCUGAAACGGUGGGAUAUGUUUCCAACGGCUAAACACACAAGGUGAAAUAGCAGCAGGCCAUGGCCUUCAGGGCCCAACCGGCGGUGGCCCUCAUGUGAAGCUCACCCCCCAUUCCACUUCCCUCAAAUUAAUAUCUUUUCAUCAUAUAUACAACUAUGUUUCACCUCACUUCAUCUUUUGUGUUUUUUUACCGAGAAUCCAUGGAAGCUUUGUGGGAUUUGGAGGAGAAAUGGAAGCUGACAACCCAAGAAGCUGUCCUCCUCUUAGCCUGUGCCGCCUCCGCUGUUGUCGGGCUUUGUGCUGCGACGGUCCUCAAGAAGAAAAGAAAGGCCCAAAAGAAGCAAAUGGUGGACCGAGACCGGGUUGCAGAUGGAGCGGUACAUGCAAAAUGGUGUGAGCCUAGUUGCAACUGGGUCUCAGCUAAGAGGGUGUUCAUGGGCUCAGCGAUGUGGAGUGGAGCUAAUAGGUGGGGGGAGAGGAGCUUCGGUUGGGAGGAGAGGCCACCACCGUUGCUUGGCUUGGAAGGGUAUGACUCAUGUGCAGGGUGGCGAAGCCAUAACUCAGACUCACCGGUAUGGCAACGGCCGAUACUGAUGGGGGAGAAAUGUGAGCUCCCACGGUUUAGCGGACUCAUUUUGUAUGAUGAAAGAGGCCAGUUGCUUGAUCAUUCUGCCAAGGGAAGUUCUGACCAGGAAGAGACUCUCCAGGAGGAAACCACUGGACGCAUAAGAACAACUCUAAGGGACCUGCUCUAAUUUUUCCAUGUAAACCAGUUGUAACAAGAAACAGGGUUUUCAGCAAUGUGAUUGAGCUUCUCCAGUCAUGUACAAAUUGUCCCAUGUCCUCUUGCAUUUCAUAUAUAAAUAUCUAAAAGCGCUAUUUCAUCUUUAAAUAGUUAUAUAGUCAUAGUUGCUCAGGCUAAAAGAAAAUCUUGUCACAUGAUUUAGCCUACUAAUACUUGAGUUCAUAAUCAGUAGCUUCACUCCAGUCAAACCCCUGUAAUCGGUCUCUAGGAUCAAAUCUAGUAGACCAUAAAAGGCCACAUCUCAUAAAUUAUUUGCUUCUCUGCUUACAGUUGAAAGCAACUCCAGAGACCAAUGGCAUCCUGUUUAUGAUUACCAAAACUAGUAUUUAUGAGCAUUUGAAUCCCUCAUUUUAAACCAAGGCAAAAAAUCCAUAUACUAGUAUCAUUAUCAACAUAGAUAUCUUUACAGAGUUUCCGAAUGUCCUACCCUUUAGCAGCUGAAGAUUUUAACUGCAGCAGUUACUUCCGGUGAUACCCACUUUGCCGUUAGACUCUAACUUCUAAAGAUGAAAUUACCAAGCAAUUCUUAUUAUGACAACUGAAACAAAGACUAAGCUGAGUACAACAUGAUUGCCCGGAAUUCCUCCUAUCUUAACCAAUGACACCCUCAAUAGCCAAAAGCAUUAAAAGUCCACUAAAUGUAUCUAGCUGAACUUUGAAGACACAUGUAUUAGCCUUAACAUUCUAAUUUCUUUUGUACAUUUGUUUUCAGCUUCCUCAACAGAAAAACUUUAACAGAAUAAUUUAAUUUAUGCAGAACUUAUGAGAAUUCUUCUCAGUUCAAAUUUCUAGCCUUUUAGAACUCAUUAAAUCAAAACAUUCACGGUAAUAAUUCAAGCCCUGCAUGAACUUCAUUCAAGUCUGAUCACAACAUAAAAACCGCAGGCUAUAACCCAUGAAACAUUGAUUAUAAUACUCUCACUAACAGCGGUUUUAAUAACAACUUAAAAUGUAACCUCCAAAACCCUCCCUACGAGUGGUAGCAAAUCAACAGGGGCAACAAUGACAUGAGAAUUGAACAAAAAAAAUGAAAAUAAAAUGCUACCUAGAAACCAGAAAGGAAUUUAAAACAAUAGAGCCAUGUGUUUAGUGAGGUUAAAGACAGAAACUGAAGGCUGACAUAGUGCAAAACAAUUACGUGAAGCAGGCACGUCUUACAACCUCAAAUAUCUUCUGGUCACCAUACCAUCUAGUAACGACAAAAUUUUGAACCAUUUUUUAUAGACAAUUUGAAUUCUGAAUUUAUACUUCUAAAUCUAGCAACAGCCAUAUGCUGAAAUGAUCUCCAUACUUAUAAAGAGAGUCAUUCAUAUGGAUUCAAGUAUGCACAAUUUUAGCAAUUCAUAUGACUCUUUGCUUGAAGCAUUUGGCCUACUUUUAAUCAUGCUGAAAAGUAGUUAGGUG